CAGGUGAUUUUUGGAGGGGAGGGAACAUGAUAAAAAAGUUAAGUAAAAUGUCCUUAUAAAGACAAAAUCUAUUUCUUUCCUGGCUGAUGAUUUGUCAUUCUAGUCACUUCCUGCUUUGUGACCACACACCCCGGCUUGACAAAGCUGUUCUGCAGAUCAGAAAGAAGGGGGUUUCUGGUCACACGCCAGCACUACCAGGGACAGCUUUUCUACAAGAUCUGUUACCUAAAGCAGUACAAGAUGGCUAGGGGAUCGGUGUCCGAUGAGGAAAUGAUGGAGCUCAGAGAAGCUUUUGCCAAAGUUGAUACCGAUGGCAACGGAUACAUCAGCUGCAAUGAGUUGAAUGACUUGUUCAAGGCUGCUUGCUUGCCUUUGCCUGGGUACAGAGUAAGAGAAAUUACAGAAAACCUGAUGGCUACUGGUGAUCUGGACAAAGAUGGAAGGCUCAGCUUUGAUGAGUUUAUCAAGAUUUUUCACGGCCUGAAAAGCGCAGAUGUUGCCAAGACCUUUAGGAAAGCAAUCAAUAAGAAGGAAGGGAUUUGCGCGAUUGGCGGUACUUCAGAGCAGUCCAGCGUUGGCACCCAACACUCCUAUUCAGAGGAAGAAAAGUAUGCCUUUGUCAACUGGAUAAACAAAGCCCUGGAAAAUGACCCCGAUUGUCGGCAUGUCAUCCCAAUGAAUCCAAACACAAAUGAUCUCUUUAAUGCUGUUGGAGAUGGCAUUGUGCUUUGGUAAAUAAUACUUCUUUCUUGUAAUCAUCAUUUAGCAACUACAAAGUCAAAGAAUAAAACUUGCGUACCUUUUCUCCCUCAGGAAAAUUUGAACUUGGCUCUGAACUCUGCCUCAGCCAUCGGGUGCCAUGUGGUUAACAUAGGGGCCGAGGACCUGAAGGAGGGGAAGCCUUAUCUAGUCCUGGGACUUUUGUGGCAAGUCAUCAAGAUUGGGUUGUUUGCCGACAUCGAGCUCAGCAGAAAUGAAGCUCUGAUUGCUCUUUUGAGAGAAGGGGAGAGCCUGGAGGAUUUGAUGAAACUCUCCCCUGAAGAGCUCCUGCUGAGGUGGGCUAAUUACCACCUGGAAAAUGCGGGCUGCAACAAAAUCGGCAACUUCAGUACUGACAUCAAGGACUCAAAAGCUUAUUACCACCUGCUUGAGCAGGUGGCUCCGAAAGGAGAUGAAGAAGGUGUUCCUGCGGUUGUUAUUGACAUGUCAGGACUGAGGGAGAAGGAUGACAUCCAGAGGGCGGAAUGCAUGUUGCAGCAGGCGGAGAGGCUGGGCUGCCGGCAGUUUGUCACAGCCACAGAUGUUGUCCGAGGGAACCCCAAGUUGAACUUGGCUUUCAUUGCCAAUCUCUUUAACAGAUACCCUGCCCUGCACAAACCAGAGAACCAGGAUAUCGACUGGGGGGCUCUUGAAGGUGAGACAAGGGAAGAGAGGACGUUUAGGAACUGGAUGAACUCCCUGGGCGUUAACCCUCGAGUCAAUCAUUUGUACAGUGACCUAUCAGAUGCCCUGGUCAUCUUCCAGCUCUAUGAAAAGAUUAAAGUCCCUGUUGACUGGAACAGAGUAAACAAACCACCAUACCCCAAACUAGGGGGCAAUAUGAAGAAGUUGGAGAAUUGUAACUAUGCAGUGGAACUGGGGAAGAAUCAAGCUAAGUUUUCCCUGGUUGGCAUUGGUGGACAAGAUCUCAAUGAAGGAAACCGCACUCUAACGUUGGCCUUGAUCUGGCAGCUAAUGAGAAGGUACACGCUGAAUAUCCUCGAAGAAAUUGGCGGUGGCCAGAAAGUUAAUGAUGACAUUAUUGUCAACUGGGUGAAUCAAACAUUGAAGGAAGCAGAGAAAAGUUCAUCCAUCUCUAGUUUCAAGGACCCGAAGAUUAGCACAAGUCUGCCUGUUCUGGAUCUCAUUGAUGCCAUCCAGCCAGGCUCCAUUAACUACGACCUUCUGAAAACAGAAAACCUGGAUGAUGAAGAGAAACUCAACAACGCAAAGUAUGCCAUCUCUAUGGCCCGAAAAAUUGGAGCAAGAGUGUACGCCCUUCCAGAAGACCUGGUCGAAGUGAACCCCAAAAUGGUCAUGACCGUGUUUGCUUGCCUCAUGGGGAAAGGAAUGAAGAGAGUGUGAGCCCACGGGGCGGGGUAGGAGGCAGCACGCUCCACGCUGACUGCUGACCACCCAGCACAGGAUGCUCCCAGGAAGCAUGGGGACAACUCAAGCCAUUCCAAAGUUCUGCUUGGUGACAUUAUGCAAGAUUCCAAAAAGCCAGUACUUGUACAGCCAAGUAGCUUCUCCUGUAUUUAACAAAAAGUGCUUCAUUCUUUGCAGAAGGCCCAAUCUCCUACAAAUAUUUUUUUAUUCUUGAUGUAUUUGCUUCUUUCAAAAUCUUGAAAAAAAAGAAGACGUUAUUUUCCAGGCACCCUUCCUGCUUUUGCAGUAGGCAAGGAUAGAGGAAGUUGCAGUGUUAUUAAUUUUCACAUAAUCUUUCAAACCAGUUUAAUGUGGCUGCCUUUUUCUUUGGUCAGAGAGGAGGAGGGAUCAUCAGACUUGCCCUAAUACCUGGUACUAGAGGUCGACAUUUGACCUAUUACAAGACACUCUUUCUGUCCCCUUUUCCUACUCUGUCUCCCCGUGACUUUGAUCCUCACCCUCUCAGAAACAUGCCUUCUCUGUGGCUCACCUCUUCCAGCCAUCCUUGUCUCUGCUACUGGAACAUCUGACAAAUCGUUCUGGCUGUUGAGGUCCCAAGAGUUUCUGGUAGCCUGUAGAUGUAAGCCUCAUCAUCAGAGCCUUUCCUUAGAACUGGAGUCUCAAAUGUCAUAAAUUUUUGGUUUUGCAGCCAGUAGGAAUCCCUGUGUUUUUAACCCUAGAAUUUGGGCUCAGACCAGAUCUAACAUAUUCAAUACUAUGCCCUCAAGGUAGAUUCUUAACUCCUGGGAGAGGGUUGGAUCCAAGGAGGAUGUAAUGGAGCAUCUGACCACUAGGGGGCAUCAUGGAGCUAUAACUAAGCAUCCUUAAGGGUGCUGCCUCUCCAUGUAUUUAGCCCCUUGUGUUAGAUCUAGUUAUUGUGAAAUGGUUAAAUAUCUGUUGACAUUUGGAAGCAAUCCUGCUUUGCUUUCAUUUUCUCUUAGAUCUUAGCAUAUCUGAUUGCUGUCAGGCCGUAUUAUCAAUGUUUACUUUUUUGGUACUCUAAAAGCUUUUUGCCACCCUCAAGCCCCAGGGAGCAAUAUGUGCCAAUGAAGAGCAGCCCCCCACCCAACCACAUACCUGGCCAGAUGUCAAGGGUAGAAUGAAUACAUGCUGGAUAAGAACUUGCUUUAUGAAGAGCUAAUUUACUGGGCAUUUAAAGAAUUCCAAAACAAAACCAGGAGAACAGUAUGGAUUUGAAUAGCUUUCAUAGAUUAAGCAACUUCCACAAAAACCAACUGAAGGCAAAAAGCAACAGAGCAUUGUGAACCAACACUAGACUCCCUCUAUCAUGGUGGAAGGGUUCAUCAAUGAGGUAUCUUGUUUAAGGGUACUAUGUAAUGGAACUCAGCCAUUUUUCAAAGCAAUUGAAAUGCAUCAUCCUGGAUCUGUUCCCUGGCAGUGGGCUCAGGAAGCCAAUAUGCGGCUUCUGCCAGCCCAUAACCGGUAUUUUUGCUGCUUCUGAAUGCAAAGUGGUUGGCUUUGACUUUAGUCUGAACUUAAUGUAGCCUCAGAUGAUUUUUUUCCCCAAUCUGCCUUCAAGAAGGAAGUAUGUUACUGCCUUAAUGAAAAAUGAAGAGAAUAUUAUGCUUAAAAGCUUUCCAAAUAAAAUGUUCUCUAUA